AUGCGAGAUGUUCCAGCCUUCGUGGGGCAUCAUCCUUACUAUCAUGAUGCUCAAUAUUUCUUUUUCGGCCUCCAUAAAUUUUUGGCGACAAUUUUUGCAUCGCCAUCGACGUGCGCAUAUAAAAAUAAUCUUCAUAAAUGUACUUUUACCUUUACCUGUUGGCUGGUAGGAGGUACGUCACACGGUGGCUGCGGUGAAGAUUAUGAUUGGCUUUAUACGUGUUGCGUACCCAGUAGCACACCCAUAACCGGAGGUUUAGCUGGUAAAGGACCGACGGGUAGUAAACCAAAUUAUAAAAGAACUCCAAUAAAAAAACAUGAUCUCUAUCCGGUUCCACCACCUCCAUCUUGCGGAGUACCAGCCAUUCAAUUUAGAAAAAGAAUCAUAGGAGGAAAUGAAGCUUAUUUUGGAGAAUUUCCAUGGCAGGCUCAUAUAAGAAUAGCAGGGUACCAAUGUGGCGGUGUCCUGGUUAGUCAAUGGUUUGUCGUCACAGCUGCACACUGCAUACACAGAGCGAGACUGAGAGACAUAAAAGUUUUUCUCGGAGAAUACGAUACUCAAAAUACUGGAAAUUACAUAGAACCACUUCCGGAAGAAAUUCAUAAAGUAUCUAAAAAAAUUCUUCAUCCACAUUUUCAAUUUAAAAUAACUCAACCGGACAGAUUCGACAUUGCCCUUUUAAAAUUAUCUAGAAAAGUUCAAUAUAAAGAAAAUAUAUUACCAAUAUGUCUUCCAGAACAAUCUGACACAUUUGAAGGUUACAUAGGAGUCGUGGCCGGUUGGGGUAAAACUGAUACGACUUACGGUAAUACACUUGAACGAUUAUUUUUUUCUCGUUUUGUAAACGUCAUUAUUAUUAUUAUUAUUAUUAUUUUCCUUCACAAAGGAAAAUGGACGCUUGCGGGUAUAACAUCCGCUGGUUUUGGCUGUGCAGUAGAUCAUCAACCUGGAAUCUACCAUAAAGUGGCAUUCACGUCCAAAUGGAUAACAACGAUAAUUAACCGGGGCAAAUAA